AAAAAAAGACGAAAUCUUUUCAAUUCAGCACCGUCGACCAUACAUAUAUUUACAUACACACACAUCUAACUAGUUCCUGUAAUAAAUCAGUCACUUGAACGGUUGUAGACUUAAGGCGAAAAAUUUAUGAAAAAAUUACAAGAUAUUUAUCGAAGGAUUAAAUUAAAUUGAUUCAACAAUAGUUCAACUGGACAGGAGAUAGGCUAUCAAGUUCGAUAAUAACGAAAUGAAACGUAUAAUGAUAUCUCGUGUUUGUGUAACUUGUGUGAUUUAUUUGUUAAUGGCUGCUGUUGUCGUACAAUGCGACGAAAAGAAUAUUAAUAAACUACUCAACAAUCAGGUCAUUGUUAGUCGUCAAAUAAUGUGUGUUCUAGAAAAAAGUCCUUGUGAUCAAUUGGGACGACAGCUAAAAGCUGCUUUACCUGAGGUUAUCGUACGCAAUUGCCGUAAUUGUUCACCACAGCAGGCUCAAAAUGCACAAAAAUUAACAACAUUCCUGCAAACUAAAUAUCCUGAUGUUUGGGCGAUGCUCCUAAGAAAGUACAAAACUUAAACUAUAUAUUAAAAUACGUCUCCUCAACGUCUCGUAUGAGAAAUUUUUCAGGUUACAUCUCGUCAAAAUAUUUUAAGAAAAAAUUUAUUAAACGUAACAAACAUAAUUAUUAUCUUUAAUGCAAUAACUCUGAAUAAGUUAUUUUUUUAAAAAAAUGUGCACCAUAAAGAAAAUUUUUGAAAAUUUCUCAAUUUUCGAUUUC